CCAACCCAGUGGUUCAAGUUGCUGCAAAGUUGGCGGUUCACUCCACCCUCCAAUCCAUAUCGGCAGUGUCCGCCGUCCGGACAUGUCGCGAGCACCCCUCCUUGAAGCUACCCUUGCAAUAACCCCUGCCAAAGUGGCACUGGAUAGCUGUUGCAGAUUCAUAUAAUACCUUUGAUCUCGUCCAUCAAGUGACAAUCUCAAGCCAGACAUUCCAAUUCAAGCCUCAACAGCUUUGCGAUAAAGAAGCCUCUCGCCUCUUGAGCUUCAAACUUCUUCGACUUCUGUUCGAAUUCUACACUUUGGACGAAUAUUUUGCCAGUGAAGCAAAUCUCGCCACAAUGGGCUACGACAAGGAACUCGAUGUCGAGUCCGCUCCCGUCGAGAAGCAACAAUAUAGUGGAGAAUUCAUUCCCGAUGACAACGGAGCAGUUCCUGCGGAAACAUUCGUUGUUGGCGACAGUUGGUAUGCGAAGACGCAAAGACUUGCAGGAAAGUUUGGUGUCGAGCAGAGAGGUAUCGAGCGAGUACCCAGCGAUGAGCGUGACAAUGCGCAUAUCUCCCAAGUCGGAACUAUGUGGCUCAGUGCCAACAUGGUUGUGUCGAGUUUCGCCAUUGGUGCGCUCGCAUAUCCAGUCUUCUACCUCGGAUUCAUUGAUACUAUUCUUAUCAUCUUCUUCGUGAACUUGCUUGGCAUAUUACCAGUCUGCUUCUUCAGUACUUUCGGUCCACGAUUUGGCCUGAGACAGAUGGUUUUGUCCCGAUUCUUCUUCGGAUACUAUGGUGUUAAAAUCAUUGCUGUAUUCAAUAUCCUUGCUUGCGUUGGCUGGUCAUCUGUGAACGUUAUCGUUGGUGCUCAAUUGUUCAACGCGGUAAAUGGAAAUAUGCCUGGCUGGGCUGGUAUCAUUGUGAUUGCCGCCGCAACUUUCCUCGUCACUCUAUUCGGCUACAAGAUCGUCCACACCUAUGAGCGCUACUCUUGGAUCCCCUGCUUCAUCAUCUUCCUCAUCGUUCUUGGCGAAUUCGCUCACUCUGGCGACUUCAUCAAUAUUCCCAUGGGUGUUGGAAUCUCUGAAGCCGGCGCUGCGCUUUCGUUUGCUGCAUCAGUCUUCGGUUUCGCUACUGGAUGGACCUCAUACGCAGCCGAUUACACAGUGUACCAACCUGUCGACCGAUCCCGAAAGUCUGUCUUCUUCUGGACAUUCGCUGGUCUCAUUUUCCCACUUCUCUUCACUGAGAUGCUUGGUGCUGCUGUUGCUUCUGCCAUGGCUGCCAACGAUGGUUCAAACGUCUACAUGGACGGAUACACCUCUUCUGGAAUCGGUGGUCUUCUCGCAGCCGUCGUAGUCCCACCUUUGGGCAGAUUCGGUCAAUUCUGCCUGGUCGUGUUGGCUCUCUCCAUCAUCGCCAACAACUGCCCCAACAUCUACUCCGUCUCUCUCUCCCUCCAACUUCUCGCCAAGGUCUCUCAGCGCGUUCCUCGAUUCGUCUGGACUUUCGUCGGUACAUUGAUCUAUUGCGCAAUCGCUAUCCCAGGUUACGGACACUUUGCUUCCGUCCUCGAGAACUUCAUGUUGUUGAUUGCCUACUGGCUAGCUAUCUACGAGGGUAUUUCUCUCUCUGAACACUUCUUGUACAAGCGUGGUUUUGCUGGCUAUGAUCCAAGUAUCUACAUGGAUGCCAAAGCCCUUCCUCCUGGAUUCGCAGCAGUUACUGCCUUUGCAUUUGGUAUCAUGGGUGCAGUCUUGGGUAUGGCUCAAGUCUGGUUCACCGGACCAAUUGGAAAGCUUUGUGGGGCGGCUUAUGGUGGUGAUGUUGGGUUUGAGUUGGCAUUCGCUUUCAGUGCCGUUUCUUACAUCCCGAUGAGAUACUUUGAGAAGAGAUAUUUCAAGAGAUAGAUGGUUGUGAUUGGAUUUCUGCUUUGUUUACAUUAGAUGGGUGUUUCUCUUUGUAUGAGAAGGAUUUGAAGAAAAGGGGUGAUCUGGAAGGAAAGGGUAUUUAGUUUGGAUUCCUGUAUCGCUUGAAUAUACCCUAUGGUUCAUGUCUAUUCUUCUCUUUUUUCUGUAAAUCGCUAGAGAAUCUCAAUCAAACCAUUCUACUUGCAACCAACCUAGAUAUUACGCCUCACAUGUCUAACACUUCUUUUUAAAACACCACAACAAACAGCCCCGAAGCAAAGAACUCCUCUAUCCCUCCCACACCCCACAACAAAGCCCGUCUAAAUAGCCUUCUUAAGAAUCAAAUCCCACUGCACACACUCCCCCAUCUUGAAACUAUGAAUCCCACACCUCUCAAACCCUAACCUCCCAUAAAACCCCUGCGCCUUAAAA